AUGCACAGUAACUCAACUUCUACAAAAAACUUAAAGACCGAAAGAGUGCUAAAAGUAAUCUUCAUUGUUGCAAUAACAGCACUAAUAAUUUCUCUUAUCAUACCAAACAUCAAAAAAAUAAUCAAUCCACAAGUUCCAUUAAUUUCGCUUGCGCUCCAAAACAAAACGCUCACUGGAAUUGAGGUGCCAAACGCGUUUGUAUGUAGUGAUCUGGUCGAAAGAAUCACAGUCGAAAAGGUACCACGUGGAGAAAAAGCACGUAUGCUUAGUGAUCAAAGCAUGUAUCGUGUCGAAAGUUUAUUUAUUCUAAAGUCAGCCGGUGAUUGGUUUUUUGCGUUCCCAAAUAUCAGCAAUUGUUUUAUCUUUGAACCAAAUGGAAAAUUGAUGUUUAGUCUGGCUGAAAAUAAAAGUGGGAUUGAUUACAUUGCGAUUAAUGGCUAUGCUCCUGGAAAUGCAA